CCAUACCUAAAUCCUUUAUGAGAAGUUCCUUCUUUUAUUUGAGCUUUUUGAAUUAGCGUUACUUUUAAAAAAGAUAGAUGAAGAUGGAUAAAGGUGAAUAAGCAUAGGAUUCGUCCCUUUCCUAGUUUGGCUUUGUUUGAUAGAGAGUGGAAGGAGAACCAGUUGAGAAGGUAUGGAGAAGGCUUCAGCUAAGAAGAAAGGCAAGCAAAUAGAGAAAGACUUGAUCGAUUUGAUUUUUUCUUGGACACUUAAAGAUAUCUUGAAUGAAGAGCUUUACACAGACAAGGUGGAAAAGAUUCCAAUAUAUUUUGAGUCGGUAGAGCAUUAUCUUGGGUCUUUUAAGUUCCCUUUAUUAGAGGAUAUACGUGCUGAGUUAUGUGCGAGUAUGAAGGAAAUCUCAGAGGCACCGAGAGCAAAAGUGACCCCCCUUUCAGAGUCUAAGCCAUAUGGUUCACUGUUAUAUGAGAUCAGGGUUGACUCUUGGAGGAACAAGUCAAGAUUGGGUGGCACGGAAGAUUACAAACCAAAGCCUGGGGACAUUUAUGUUUUGUCCGAUAGAGUACCUGAAUAUGUUGAAGCUUUACAACAUUAUGGGAGGUCGUGGACUUUUGCCCUAGUCACUAAAGUUCCAGACAAUGAACAAUCUGAGGAGGGCUUUUCAGACAAUGAACAAUCAGGAGAGAACUCAUCUAUGUAUUUAAAAAUCAUGGCUUCAAAAUCUAUUGAAAUCAUAGAGGGGAUGCUGGAUUCACUUUUUGCAUUUUUCAUUACAAAUGUUACAACAAACAAUAGAAUAUGGAUUGCCUUGCAAGGGAAAGGAAAUUUGAAAAUUAUUGAGGAGAUUCUGGAUGACAAUGCAAUGGUCAAGAAUUGCUGUAAUAUCUGUUCUUCUCAAGAGCAGGAUCGCAUUUGUGCUGAAAGAUUUGGAAACAGUAUAUCAUCUGAGUUGAAUGAGUCCCAAACUGGUGCAGUGCUAAAUUCUAUUUCUACAAUGCAGUGCAAUCACAAGUGUUCUGUUAAGCUUAUCUGGGGUCCACCAGGCACAGGUAAAACUAAAACAGUCAGCACAUUGCUUUUUAGUGCCUUAAAUAUGAAGUGCAGAACUGUGGCAUGUGCUCCGACAAACAUUGCAAUUAAGGAGGUGGCUUCACGUGUCCUUAAGCUGGUUAAAAGGUUCAGGCAAACUGAAUAUGGAGAUUAUAGCUCAUGUUGUUCCUUGGUGGAUGUGCUUUUGUUUGGAAAUAAGGAUCAUCUGGAAGUGGGUUAUGAUCUUGAGGAAAUAUUUUUGGAUUUUAGGGUGGAUAGGCUUGUGGAAUGCUUUGCAAGACUAACUGGAUGGAAACAUCACUUUCAGUCCAUGAUAGAUUUUCUGGAGAAAUGUGUUCCGCAGUACCGUAUUUACUUGGAAAAUGAAAGAAGCAAGAUUGAUGUAGUUUUGGAGAAUGAAACUUGCGAAGGUGUGCUAUCAUUUCUUGAGUGGACAAGGCAGCGAUUCAAGGCAGUUGCACAACCACUAGGAAAAUGUGUCAGGGCAUUGUGCACCCAUCUGCCCCAAAAUCUCAUCUUGCCACAGAAUAUCCAAUCCAUGGAUUCUUUGCUUUAUUUGCUGGAAUCCUUUAAAAUUCGGUUGUUUCAAAAUGCUGUGGUUGAGAAAGAGCUAGAGGAACUCUUUUCACAUUCAGAAUAUGGGUUUGUAACACCUCCUCUGGAUAAAAUUGCAUCUGAAUGGGUUAAUUUUUCUACAUCUGUCGCACUGGCCGAGAUCAGGAACCAAUGUCUCUGUACUCUACGAUCUCUUCUUGAUUCUCUGAUAAGCCUUGAUCUUCCUCAUUCUAUGAACAAAGAUUCCAUAAGAAAAUAUUGUUUUCAAUCUGCUUCUUUAAUUUUCUGCACAACAUCAAGUUCAUUUAAGUUGCGUCGUUUUGAAAUAAAGCAUUUGGAUGUAUUGGUUAUUGAUGAAGCUGCUCAGUUAAAAGAAUGUGAAUCAGCAAUACCUUUACAACUCCCAGGUAUACGGCAUGCCUUUCUCAUUGGUGAUCAGUGUCAGCUACCUGCAAUAAUUAAAAGCAAGGUUUCUGAAAAAGCUGGUUUUGGAAGGAGUCUGUUUGAGAGAUUGAGUUUACUUAAACAUCCAAAGCAUCUUCUCAAUAUGCAGUAUAGGAUGCAUCCUAAAAUCAGUGUUUUCCCAAAUGCAAAAUUUUACCGCAACCAGAUUUUGGAUGCACCAAGUGUUCAGGAUCAAUGUUAUGAGAUACACUAUCUUCCUCAACCUAUGUAUGGGCCUUACUCCUUUAUAAAUAUCCCUGAUGGAAGAGAGAUAUCGGAUGAUGUUGGACAUAGUCUAAAAAAUCUGGUGGAGGUAGCAGUUGUCGUAAAAGUAUUGCGGAAUCUUUUCAAAGCUUGGGAUGCCUCAAGAGAGAAGCUCAGCGUUGGUGUUAUUUCUCCAUAUAAUGCUCAAGUUGCUGCAAUUCAAGAGAAAAUUGUAGGGAAAUACGACACAAACAGUAACUUUGAGGUGAAAGUGAAUUCUAUUGAUGGUUUCCAGGGAAGUGAGGAGGAUAUCAUAAUAUUCUCUACUGUCAGAUCCAAUAAGCAGGGGUCAAUUGGGUUUUUGUCUCCUCAGAGAGCUAAUGUGGCUCUGACAAGGGCCAAACAUUGCCUUUGGAUUAUAGGAAAUGGAGAAACUCUGAUAAAGAGUGGAUCUAUCUGGUCGAAAUUAGUCUAUGAUGCCCAAAAGCGUGAGUGCUUUUUCAAUGUUGAUGAUGACAAAGAUAUGGCUAAAGCAAUAUUGCAAGUCAAGAAAGAGCUUGACCAGAUGGGUGAUUUACUUAAUGGGGACUCAAUGCUUUUCAAAAAUGCAAGGUGGAAGGUUCUAUUCAGUGAAAACUUUAGGAAAUCUUUUGGGAAACUGAAGUCGAUGCAAAAAAAAAAGGCAGUGAUUAAUCUUCUGCUGAGGCUCUCCAGUGGAUGGCGCCCCAAAAAAACAAAUAUAGACCCCACUUGUGACAGCUCUGUAAAUCUUGUGAAACAGUUCAAGACUGGAAAUUUGUAUAUUGUUUGUUCUGUUGAUAUUAAAAGCUAUAUGCAAGUUUUGAAGAUUUGGGAUAUUUUACCACUAGAGGAGAUUCCAAAACUUGUUAAACGUCUGGAUAACGUCUUUGUAGCAUUCACAGAUGAUUUUGUCAAUCGCUGCAAAGUGAAACGUAUGGAUGGGAAUCUGGAAGUUCCCAUGAGCUGGCGAAACUCUGAGAAUAUUGUUCAGUACAAGGACAUAUGUAGCGCAGAAGUUCAAAAGCUUUCAAAUGAUGACAACAUUGAUGACAGAAGCUAUGUUGAGAAUUCAAUGGUGAGCGAGAGUUUGCUGCUGAUGAAAUUCUAUUCAUUAUCAUCAGGUAUGGUUGGACAUCUUCUCUCUGGACGCGAUGGUAGAGAACUUGAUCUUCCAUUUGAAGUAACAGAUCAGGAGCUGGAGAUUAUUCUUUUCCCUAGAAGUACCUUCAUCUUAGGAAGGUCUGGAACAGGGAAAACAACUGUUUUGACAAUGAAAUUAAUUCAAAAAGAGCAACAGCAUUCUCUUUCCUCAGAAGGACUGAAUGAACUGAAGUUUGACACAAGUGAGGAUGGUCACAAGAGAAAUAAGAUUGUGAAGGGUGAUAGAGAAGUUAGUGGGACUGUCUUACGUCAGAUGUUUGUCACAGUUAGCCCAAAGUUAUGUUUUGCUGUUAAGAAGCAAAUUUCUCAGUUGAAAAGCUUUGCCUGUGGGGGAAGUUUUUCAGAAGCUAAGGCAAUUGAUAUGCAUGAUAUCAAUGAUACAAAUGUCUUCAUGGAUAUUCCUGACUGUUUCAUCAAUGUGCCACCUACUUCUUACCCUCUUGUCAUAACUUUUCAGAAGUUUCUUAUGAUGCUUGAUGCGAGUAUGGAAAACUCCUUUUUUGAUAGAUUUUAUGAUGUAAAUAAAUUUUCCCUGGGUAGAUCUGGAUCUUCUAGAUCAAUCGCAUUGCAGGCAUUAAUAAGAAUGAAGGAGGUUAAUUAUGACAGGUUCAAUUCAUUUUAUUGGCCACAUUUUAAUAGUCGUUUAACUAUGAAGUUGGAUUCUUCCACAGUGUUUACUGAGAUAAUUUCCCAUAUAAAAGGUGGAAUGAGUACAGGCAAGGCACAAGAUGGCAAACUCAGCCGAGAGGAUUAUUUUUCUCUGUCUGAAGGUCGAGUGUCCACCUUAAUUAGAGAAAGAAGAGAAGUAAUUUAUGACAUAUUUCUUGAUUAUGAGAAGAAGAAGCUUGUCAAUGGUGAUUUUGACUUGGCUGAUUUCGUUAUUGACCUUCAUCACCGAUUGAAUGAUGGAAGCUAUGAAGGUGAAGAGAUGGACUUCGUCUAUAUUGAUGAGGUCCAAGAUCUCACCAUGAGGCAAAUUUCUCUUUUCAGAUAUAUUUGUAGAAAUUCUUCUGAUGGCUUUGUUUUUGCUGGAGAUACUGCACAAACUAUUGCCAGGGGGAUUGAUUUCAGAUUUCAAGACAUACGAUCACUGUUCUUCAAAGAGUUCCUUUUGGAAGCAGGAAGUUACAGCAAGGAGAGAGGGAAAGGAAGUAGCCAACCACGUCUCUCAGACAUUUUCCAUUUAAACCAGAACUUCCGAACCCAUUCUGGUGUUCUUAAUCUAGCACAAAGUGUGAUUAACCUUCUGUAUCGUUUCUUUCCACUCUCUAUUGAUGUUUUAAAGCCUGAGACAAGCCUUAUAUAUGGAGAAGCUCCUGUGUUUCUUGAAUCUGGAAAUGAUGAAAAUGAUGCAAUCAUUACUAUUUUUGGCAAUAGUGGAACAACUGAUGGAAGUAUGAUUCUCUUCGGAGCUGAGCAAGUCAUAUUGGUACGUGAUGAUUCUGCUAGAAAGGUGGUUUCUGACCAUGUUGGAAAACAAGCUCUUGUUUUAACGAUACUUGAGUGCAAGGGACUUGAGUUUCAGGAUGUAUUGCUAUACAACUUUUUUGGCACAUCUCCUUUGAAAAAUCAGUGGAGAGUUGUGUAUGAAUAUAUGAAGGAACAGGAUCUGCUUGAUGACUCUGCACCAAGGUCAUAUCCUAGGUUCAAUAUGGCAAAACACAAUGUUCUUUGCUCUGAACUGAAGCAAUUAUAUGUUGCUAUAACUCGUACAAGGCAAAGGUUGUGGAUCUGUGAGAACAUAGAUGAGUUUUCCAGGCCUAUGUUUGACUAUUGGAAAAAGUUGUGCCUAGUGCAAGUUAGACAACUUGACGAGUCACUUGCACAGGCGAUGCAAGUUGCAAGCAGCAAGGAGGAGUGGCAUUUACGUGGCAUCAAGUUGUUUAAUGAGAAAAAUUUUGAGAUGGCUACGAUGUGCUUUGAAAGAGCUGGAGACACAUACAGAGAGAAAUGGGCAAAAGCAGCUGGUCUUCGAGCUGCUGCCAACUGCAUGCAUGGCUCUAAUUCUGAAAUGCGGCGUAUUGCACUUUCAGAAGCUGCAGAGAUUUAUGAAACAAUUGAUAAAGCCGAAUCUGCUGCUAAUUGCUUUGUUGAGUUGAAAGAAUUCAAAAGAGCAGGUAUACUUUAUAUGGAGAAAUGUGGAGAAUCAAGGCUUGAGGAUGCUGGUGACUGUUUGUCUCUGGCUGAAUGUUGGAGACUUGCUGCUGAUGUAUAUGCUAGGGGCAACUUUUUCUCAAAGUGCUUGGCUGCUUGCACCAAUGGAAAACUUUUUAACUCGGGACUACAGUUCAUUGAAUGCUGGAAAGAAAAUUCAAGUACUGUUGUUGAUACGGUUGCAAAAAGCCAAAGGCUGGAUGAAAUGGAACAAGCUUUUCUUGAGAAAUGUGCAAUUCACCAUCAUGAGCUUAAAGAUACAAAAAGGAUGAUGAAGUUUGUGAGGGAAUUUAACUCUAUGGAUUCCAUUCGCACUUUCUUGAGAUCAAGGGAUUAUCUCAAUGAGCUUCUGUUUUUGGAGGAAGAAUUUGGGAACUUUAUGGAGGCUGCCAGCAUUGCUAGGCUGAAAGGGGAUGUUCUUCAUGAGGCUGAUAUGCUGGGGAAGGCUGGAUAUUUUGAAGAUGCAUCCAAGCUGAUACUCUUUUAUGCAAUUGGAAACUCUCUUUGGGGACCUGGAAGCAAAGGCUGGCCACUGAAGCAAUUUGCUCAAAAGGAAGAACUCUUAACAAAAGCCAAGUUGAUCGCAAAAAAUAAAUCAGGAUUCUUCUAUGAGAUGGUCUGCAUGGAAGCCAGCAUAUUAUUAGACCAAGAGGGAAGCUUGUUCGAAAUGGAACAAUUCUUGAGGGAUUCCAGGCAAUUCAGAAAUGUUUUAGCUGAAUAUUUCUGUGCUCGGAAAAUUCUUGAUGUUCAUUUUCAGUCAGAACCCUCAAAAUAUGAAUGGGUACAGGAAGUGGUCAUCGAUCGAAAAAAUCAUGUGCAGAAUACCAUUUGCAGGAACCAAGUAUCUGUUGAAACACUCGUUUAUUAUUGGAAUUUUUGGAAGGGAAUGGUGGAAAGCAUAUUUCGGUACCUCCAGUCUAUUGGAACUCACUGUAAGAAUGAAUAUAUGGACCAUGGACAGUUCUGUUUGGAUUAUUUGGGCAUACGAAAGCAGGAAAAUAAUCAUGAUAUUCUCUACCUUUUGCUCAACUCUGAUGCAUAUUGGGCUGAAGAAAUUGAUGAAAGAGACCUUUGGAGAAAUGGGAACUUGGUUGGUCUGCAUCUUCAGCAGUUUGUCUCUGCUGCUAGGAGCCACUGGUGUUCAGAAGUUUCCUUUGUUAGUGUGAAAGUAUUGGAAAAACUCGAAGCGCUCUGUAAAUUUGCUAAGCACAAUUCUUUUGGAAUAUUUUACCAAGGGAUGGCUGUCCUCCACAUGUAUGAAGUGUCUCAAUUCUUAAUUGGGUCAGAUUUUCUGUUGCAGAAAUACCAUUCAGGGGAAUUGCACAAGUUCCUUGCAUCGUCUAGAGCUCUCUUCUUUGAUAUUGUAUUUCCUGAAGACUGGAGGCUAACAAUGAUGGAGAAUAUGAUUGCCUUGAGGAAGGGCCCUCUUUUUAGGGACUUAGUUAAAGAUGUUAUAAUUGAUAACAUCAGUUUAAGGGGUAAGCUAACAUAUGGGCAAAUUGGGAGGGUGGUGAUGUUGAUUUUUGCAUAUGGAAAUCCAACAGAUGCACUGUAUCAGAAGGUUACAAGCCGAUUUUAUGUGAAUGCACCUUGGCAAGCAUUCAUUGAGGAGUUCAAAGCAAACCUGGGGUCAGGAGUUGGGUGUGUCUCUCUUGUAUGCAAGCUUCAACAGGCACUGAGGCAUACUUUCCGUGUGAAAUGGAAGAAGGAAUCUGACUAUAUGUCACCUCACUGUUACAUAUAUCUUGUUGAACGCCUUUUGUACUUGGUAUCUUCUUGCCAUGGAUAUUUUUUCACAACAAAAGCUUCUAUUAUUGAGACACUUGCUUGCUGGGGGUGGAAUGCCAACUCAACCACUCAUUGGGCCACUAAUAUGCAUGCAUCAUUGGAAGAUUCAUAUGAUUUUAUUGCUGGACAAAUAAGGCAACUUCUUUAUAAUAAGCAUGAGACGUUUGAGUGGCUUAAGAAGUCAAACUUGACUGUCAAGGACUACUUCCCAGUUUUAGUGUUAAGAUUGGUUGUUGUGACUAGUUUAGUUUGUCUCAACUGUAGACGACAUUUUGGAUUACUUUAUCAAUUGCUUGGUAUGAAUGACAUUAACUCACAACUGCCUCCUGCAUUUUAUGGGAUCCUUCAGGGAGGGCGGAAGCAUAGUUUUUCUGAUGUGCUUGCUGAAGCACUUAAAACUAUUGGGAAUCCUCUUGUACUGAUUUCAGGAAGUAAUUGUCCAGAAAUUUUAUCUUCAGAUGUAUUAAUUCUAAAGAUGGAGGCCAUUCAGUGCUGGGAGGAUGUAUUAAGAGUUUUGUUCCCUAAGAGUUCAGAAGAUUUGAAACGUCAAAUUCGAUUCGAUGAAUUGGAAGGGAAUAUUUCACGCAUUGAAGAUCCAUAUUCAGGGAGAGCUGAUCAAAGGAAACUUUCUGAACUUUCAUCUGAGUCAAGGGUAGCUACUGCUAUAGAUGAGGGGAACAAUGUCAGAAUUCCUUCUCGUGCAGAAUUAGCCAGGAAGGUGGAUCAGAACAUUGAGAUGGAAGAUGAAAAUAAAAACAAUGAUCUGCAAAAGAUUUAUGGGCAUUUUUGGGAAACAUUUGAUACUUGUGGGAAUGCCAUGAUCAUGACUUCUGAAAUCCAACAGAUUAAGGUGUUGGUAAAGGAAUCUGUUUGCUUUAUGGAGUUCGCAAUAUCCCUGAAGAAUAAUCGUCAGAAUAAAGAUUUGAACUUGUUUGAAGAAGCAGGACGUAUGCUUGGUGAUUUGAACAAGCUAUCCUUUGCUUUGGAUGUGCGUGGCCAGGAGCUUGAGAAUAAUAUUUCAACAAUUGGAGAAAUGUUUAGAAUGUUGAGUGAAAGGAGGCCAAGGCUAGAGGGUUUCUUGGAUUCCCUGUUUGUGCAAAGUAAAUCAGACACUCAGUGAGGUAUACAGGAUGGUGUUGCCUAAAGAAACGAAACCCAGCACGGCGAAUGAGAAGAAGUGAACAUGAAUAAGGGUAAGAAGAACACCAUAUCCAAGGACAAGAAGAAAGCUUCAAAUGUAAGUGUUGCAUCAGAAGACCCAAACGAUAGCAACAAUCAGGAGGAAAAUGAAAAGGGAAAAGGAAGUACCAAGUACACGAAGGGAAAGAAGGGCAAAGGCAAGAAGUAAUUUUAUGCAUUCUUGUUCUCUUUUUUGUUCCCCCCCUCCCCAAACCACA